AUGAACAUCUUUGUGAGCGUGUUGGCAGUGGUGAUCGUGGCCGCUGCGGCGGAGACUCGGGACAAGCGCGGGCUGGUCCUCGCCUCGCCCUACCUGAGCGCGUACGGCGCGGCGCCGCUGCUCUCCUCGCACGCUCUGCACUCACCUCUACUGGGCGCACAUUCACUUUACUCCUCUCCUUACCUUGCCGCCUCACCUUAUCUUAGCGCCAGCUCACUUUAUUCUCCUCUGUAUGGCUCCUACUAUUCUCCAAGCCUUUACGGUUCUCCUUACCUCUAUGGCGCACAUGAUCCACUACUCACCUCGCUCUCUUCUCCUCUGAUCUCUGCUCACGCACACUCAUCUCCUGUCAUCAUCGCGCACACCUCACCCGAAGUGACGGUUGUGAAGACAUCUUCCGAAGAGCACUCCAGCGCAGGUCAUAGGAAGCACGAGACUGAACAUAAGAGUGUUCACCAUAACUACUGA